CGCGCUUUACGUCACAGAUGAAAACCAAAACACUGGCUGCUGCUGUUAGCCACCUAGCUAAAACACGAUUAUAGCUCAUUUUUAUAUAACAGCAGCUACGAAGGAUCCAUCGUCAAACAGCACCGACACAGUUCCUGUCGUGCCUGUUGGAUCCGAGCGUCAGGAUAGGGAAGCAAAGUGAAGGGGCAGCUGCCGCCGGCGCAGCGAGCCUGGUGGACAGGAUGUCAGAAAGUCCAGAGAAGAGCGCCUCGGUGUCGGCUCAGGAGCUGAAGGAGCAGGGCAACCGCCUCUUUCUGAACCGCAAGUACCUGGAGGCCGCUGCCUGCUACAGCAAAGCUAUAACCCACAGUCCCGCGGUCCCGGCGUUCUACACCAACAGGGCGCUGUGCUACGUGAAGCUGCAGCAGUACGACAAAGCCCUGGCAGACUGCAGACUCGCUCUGGAGCUGGACAGCCAGUCGGUGAAAGCUCACUUCUUCAUGGGCCAGUGUCACCUGGAGAUGGAGAGUUAUGACGAAGCCAUCGGCAACCUGCAGAAAGCUUAUAACCUGGCAAAGGAGCAGCGGCUGAACUUUGGCGACGACAUUCCCAGCGCUCUGCGGAUAGCGAAGAAGAAACGGUGGAACAACAUGGAAGAGAGGAGGAUCAACCAGGAGAGCGAGCUGCACGCCUACCUCACCAAACUCAUCCACGCUGAGAAAAAGAGGGAGCUGGAGGGCUGCCGGCAGAAGCAAGAAGACAAGUCAGACGACGGCAGAAUUCAACACAGUCUGAAUGAGAUCCACACAAAACAUGACAAGUAUCUUCCAGACAUGGAGGAGCUGUUCUGUCAAGUAGACGAGAAGAGGAAGAAGCGAGAGAUCCCAGACUUCCUGUGUGGAAAGAUCAGCUUCGAGUUGAUGCGAGAGCCGUGCAUCACUCCCAGUGGAGUCACCUACGACAGAAAAGACAUCGAGGAGCACCUACAGAGAGUCGGCCAUUUUGACCCCGUAACGCGCACUCCUCUGACCCAAGAUCAGCUCAUCCCAAACCUGGCCAUGAAAGAAGUCAUUGAUGCUUUCAUUUUGGAGAACGGAUGGGUGGAGGACUACUGACCAGGAAGGGAAGUCCCAGUUCACGGAUGGAGAAAAGAUCAGUGUGUUAAGAGCGGCUGCUGCUCUGCCAAGAGUUUAACUUCAGUUCAGACACGUCGCAUGCAACAUCAACAUCAACCACAGCAACUUUAUUCCUGUAGGGAAAGUUACAGGAGGAAGAAAGGGAAUCUAUAAAUGCGUUUAGGAGAGAUGAAUGUACUUUUAACCCGCACAAUCCAAGUUAUAAAAUCAAGAGAAAAGCCAAAGAAAACGAAUCAGAAGCUUUUUAAAGACGAUGUCAGUAGAGGGCGCUGAGUGUUAAACCUGCAGCAUGAACCAGCUGUGGAAGAAGAAGUACUCACACCCCCUCCUCAGUAAAAGCAGCAAAACUGCAAUAUAAAAAUACUGUGUUGCAAGUAAAGGUCCUGCAUUUACAGUUUUAUUUAAAGGUAGAAUUAUACAAAUAUACUUACUAUCAAAAGUAAAUACUUAUUGUGCAGGAUGGCCCCAUAGAGAGAGUUAUUUUUUAUUUUAUUUUAUUGCUUCAGCCAAAUUGAACGUUUUUCUAACUUGUUGGGUUUUUUUUAUUUAUUGAAGUUGUUCACAUGCUUUGUUUGUAAAAUCCUAAUUUAAGGAAUCGCUGUCAGAUAAAUGUGGAGAAGUUAUGAGUACAGUUUCGCUCUGAGAUGUAGUAAGAUGUGUGAGGCUGAAUUAUUUUGAAAAAAAUCUCUUAAUUCCCAUUUUUUUAAAUUAAUAUAAUAAUUGCAAUAUUAUUUGCGAUACUAGAGAGAAAUAUAAUUUUUACAUUAUUCUCAUUUACAUUAACCAUCUGGUUUCUUCAGUUUUCACUCAGGAGCAAAAAUCUGCAUUUGAACUUGAAAGAAAGAGCGAUUUGACGUUUAUCCUGAUAAUUAUCGAUAUCGAAUGCUAUGAAUUGUUUUUAUCGUGAUAACAUUUUUGGCCCUAGUUUCACCUUCAACACAUAUUGCGGCUUCUGUGAUUUAAAAAGUGCGGUAUUGCAAUUUCAAUAAAAAUUUCAAAUAAUUGUUCAGCCCUAGCGAAGUACAAGUAGCAAAACAGUACAUAAAUAUAUAAAUAUACUGUACAUAAACAUGUUUCUCUGCACCUCACUGAUCCUGAUUCAUCAUCCAAACUGGGCUCAUUAAAAACAACACAAACAGGUCAAAAUGUCUUAAAAUGACAAAAAAGCACUUUAAGUUUUAACUCUCAAAGUUUAAGGGUACAAUGUUGAUUUGUAUUAAAAGUACAGCGGCUGUCAAGUUGUUUGUACGGAGCGUUCAUGCUGGAGCUGUUUGGAAAGUUCUUAAAUUCAUCAGAGCAACAGCCCCUUUUGGUUUCUGUCCCGUGUUUCCAGGGACCAGUAAGGGCCACCAGUAGGACCAGUAAUGAAGUAUGUUUGAGUCUGAAUCAGCUGCUUCGUUUCAAAUUUCCUCUUUGAUCAUCUGUAUCUCUGAGGUCAGCGAUUAUUAAUUCAUGUGUGCCAUCUGGUAUUGAUCAUCAGUCCGUGCUGUAAUCCAUGCUGCGGCUCAGAGAGGGAACGAACUGCUGACUACAAUCACAUUACUCACUCAAUCAGAUUAUGUAAAAACUGCACUGCAGGAGCUGCAGUUAAUGUGGGAAAGUGUUGCGUUUGCCGCCAACCAAAAGAGUAGGAAACUGCAGCGCUGCAGCAGAGAUUGGUGGGUGGAGCAGUUUUUGUUGUAAACAUCAUUAAAUCGAGAUUUUACUGGUUAUUUUCUGGUUUUUAUGAGUGGAGUCUGGUGCUGCUUCUUUGUGCAAAAACUAAAUUUGUGUUUUGUACUUGUUGAUUAUAAAGUCUUGUUUUGUAAUAGUUGUUUUUCCAGACUUUCUGUAACUUGGUAUUGACAGCAGUGUGCAAAUAUAUCGCUCGUCUUAUUGGAGCCUGAUAUUAACUCUGAUGUCUCAUGUUUAAUUGCACUUUUUAAUUCGUUUUAGCCAGAAUUAGCUGAUUAAAUGUUUCCUUCUGUUUUUAAAUGUGACGAUUACAAUCCAGCUUUGACUCAAUCCAGAUAAAGUCUGAUUUUCUGUGAGUUUCUAAAACACUGAAAACAACUGAAGGAAGCAGAUUUACUUCUUUAAGCUGGUUUUCAGUUUUCCGUCUUCCUGCACAAAAAAAAAAACCUUUUCUCAGCUGCACAAGUAAAGAUACAGAGACACAGAUGUUUGAAAUUGUUGUGAUAAAAUAAAUGUUUCACGUUUUCUA